AUGGCAUUGCAACAAGAUGUUGAUAAACUCAAGAAGAAGAAGUUGAGACAAGAAGAGAAUGUUCACAGGGAUUUGGAGAGGGCAUUUUCCAGACCUUUGGGAGCUCUAUCUCACCUUCCUCCUUAUCUUUCUUCUUGUACAUUGGACCCUCUUGCUGAAGUAACUAUUUUGGAAGAGGAGGUUGUGCGGCUUGAAGAACAGGUUGUGCAUUUCAGGCAAGGAUUGUAUCAAGAAACUAUCCACAUUUCAUCCUCCAAGAGGAACAUGGAUGAUUCAGUUGAUUUAUACGACCCAUAUCACAUUAGUGAUUCCAAACACAAGCAAUCCAAGUCGUUAUUGCAAACUGAAGCCAAUUCAGCAACAUUUGUGGGGAGGCAUUGCACUUUUCUCCUUGGUAAUGCAUUGAAGUUGAUCCGUCUAGAAAACAACGUAAUUGACCUUGAAAGUGCAGAAAGGAGGACUCAGCCUAAUCAGGAUGAAAUAUUGUCAGAUGAUGAUGCUCCAAAUAAGAUUUCAGAUAGCACUUUCAAAUGCUUAUCAAUCAUUUUCUUAAGAAUGAGAUCAAAAAAGGGUAGGAGUAUGGUAGAGCGCUUACCUUCAUUAGCGACACUAACUUCAUCGGAAGGCUUUGAGGGUACAAAGUUUAAGCAUCCUUGUGGUAUCUAUUCACAAUUUGGGAAGAGAGACAUGCGUCCUAAUAAGCAUGUAUUUGCAAUUGAAGGCACCUCAAUCAAUCCAAACCAAACAACAAUUUCAGUGUUCUUAGUUCAUAGAUUGAAGUAA